UUCGCCGGACGUUGGACGGUGCGGUCGCCCGACGGCCGGUGGAAGUUGCCGUCUUUCUUUCUCAUUUUCCUUCUCUUCCCCAUCUCCCUCUCUCUCCGGCUCUCGGUCCUCGGCCUGUCCCCGUCUUUCUCACGCGGUCCACAAACCUGCUACGACGAGACGGCGUGCAGAGUGCAGACGCGAACGAAGGCGCGCACUCGUCGGGGCCGUGUGUGCGUGUGCGUGCAUACGUGCCCAGCCAUCCGCUCGGCUCGGCUCGGCGGCUCGCCUCACUCUGUCGGCGGCGCAGCUGAAGCUCGCGCCGCAGUUGCUUCAGUUCCUCGCUCAGGCCGCGCCGUACAGGUUCCGUGUGUGUAACGGGGGAAAUGGAGCUCGAGCAGGCGGCGACGCAGGUGAACGCGGACCCGGAGAGGAAGACCAAGGAGAGCGGCGGCGGCGACGGCGGCGGCGGCGGCGUCUCCGGGAAUCACAGCGAUCAUAUCAAUGGCAUGUCUAAUGGUUUCGAUAAGAAAAGGGAACACAAAUCGGAGCACAGGGACAAGGAUAGGGAGCGAUCUCACAAAUCGGAUCACAAAGACAAGAGCAGAGAUAAGGAGAGGAAUCAUAAAAGUGAGCACAGGGACAAGCACAGACACAGCUCCAGUUCUGUUAAGGACAAGGAGAAGCACGAUGGAAGCAAUAGUAAAGAUAAGGACAAGGAUAAGAAGAGCUCGUCGUCUAGUAAGGAUAAGGAGCACAAGAGCAGCAGUUCGUCCAGUAAGGACAAAGAAAAGGACAAGAGCAGAGACAAGGAGCAUCAUCACAAAUCGAGCUCGAGCUCCAAAGACAAGGACAGGCAUCACAGCAGUUCCAAGGACAAGGACAGUUCGGGCAAGGAUAAAGACAAGGACUCGAAGAGCAAGGAUAGACAUAGACACAGCAGCUCCCUGAACUCUAGCUCGCGCGACAAGGACAAGGACCGUAGUAGCAUCUCGAAGGAUAAGGACGGGAAGAAGCACUCGUCGGAAAAGGACAAGGACAGACAUUCCACUACUCACUCCUCGGGGGACAAGGAGAAGCAUCGUUCGUCGGAGAAGGAUAAGGACAAGCACAGAGAGAGCUCGUCCAGCGGCAAAGAUAAGCACCGCCAUGAAAAAGACAAGGAUCGCCACCGUCACGAUAAGGACAAAUCUAAGCAUCGCGAGGAAAAGGAGAAGAAGGAUAAGGAGGAGGUGAAGGUGAAGGAGGAGCCGAACGUGAAGGUGAAUCACUCGAUUAAUGAGAGGUACCAUUAUCAUAUGGAUAUCAAGCCUGAGAUAAAGGAGGAACCUAUGACGCAACCAGACUUGGACGACGACGACGACAGCGGUGGCGAGCGACCGCUCUAUAUCAAGGAAGACGAUGACGAUGAACCGAUCAAGGAGGACGUUAGUAUGAACUCGACCGAUGGAAACGACACCCGACUGUCGGAUCUCCACAAUACGACCAUAAAGACGGAGGAGGACUCCGAAGAGGACAAACCACUGACUUCGAGAUCGAAGGUGUCGCCGAACGUGAAGAGAAAAAUCGAGUCGGACGAGGACGAGAAUGUUCCGCUGAUGGCUCGCAAGAAAUCCAAGAAGGCGACUAACCUGAAGACCAAGAAGAAGCGAAAACGCGACGACGAUUCCGAUGCCGAGCCUGAGGAAACGAGGAAACCAAAGAAGAAAAUUACAAAGGUGAAAGCGGAAGGCGACAGUCCAAGAAAGAAGAAGCAAGAGGAGCAGCAGGAUGUUUGGAAAUGGUGGGAGGAAGAGAAGAAGAGCGACGGCACGAAGUGGCAUUUUUUGGAACACAAGGGACCAGUAUUUGCGCCUGCCUACGAACCCUUGCCUCCCACCGUAAAGUUUUAUUACAACGGCAAGGAGAUGAAGCUGAGCGAGGAGACGGAGGAGGUCGCGACCUUCUACGCGCGCAUGCUCGACCAUGACUACACGACCAAGACCGUGUUCAACAACAACUUCUUCCAAGACUGGCGGGAGGUGAUGACCGAGUCGGAGCGCGCCAAGAUCAACGAUCUGUUCAAGUGCAACUUCAAGGAGAUGCACGCGUACUUCGUGCAGAAGAGCGAGGAGCGCAAGGCCAUGACAAAGGAGGAGAAGCAGAAGAUCAAGGAGAAGAACGAGGAGAUACAGAAGGAGUACGGCUUCUGCUCCAUCGACGGCCAUAAGGAGAAGAUCGGUAAUUUCAAGAUCGAGCCGCCCGGCUUGUUUAGGGGCCGCGGCGAGCACCCCAAGAUGGGCAAGCUGAAGAAGCGAGUGCUGCCGGAGGACGUGCUCAUUAACUGCUCGAAGGACUCGAAUAUACCGAAACCACCGGCCGGCCACAAGUGGAAGGAGGUGCGGCACGAUCCCAACGUCACAUGGCUCGCGUCCUGGACGGAAAACAUUCAGGGCCAGGUGAAGUACGUGAUGCUGAAUCCAUCUAGCAAGCUCAAGGGCGAGAAGGACUGGCAGAAGUACGAGACGGCGCGGAAGCUGGCGCAGUCGAUCGACAAGAUCCGCGCCGAGUAUCGGGAGGACUGGAAGAGCAAGGAGAUGCGUAUUAGGCAGCGGGCGGUCGCUCUGUAUUUCAUCGACAAGCUGGCGCUCAGGGCCGGUAACGAGAAGGACGAGGAUCAGGCGGACACUGUUGGCUGCUGCUCGCUGCGAGUGGAGCAUAUCAAGCUGCACGAGGUUAGGGACGCCAAGGAAUACGUCGUCGUGUUCGAUUUCUUAGGUAAAGAUUCCAUUCGAUAUUACAACGAGGUGCCGGUGGAGAAGCGCGUCUUCAAGAAUCUGCAGCUCUUCAUGGAAAAUAAGUCACCCGGGGACGAUCUGUUCGAUCGUCUCAACACCACUGUCAUGAAUAAGCAUCUGAACGAGCUGAUGGAGGGCCUCACCGCCAAAGUAUUCAGAACUUACAACGCAUCGUGGACGCUGCAACAGCAGCUCGACAAACUAACGGACCCGGAUGAAACCGAGGCGGAGAAGAUCCUCUCGUACAACCGAGCCAAUCGCGCCGUCGCCAUACUGUGUAACCAUCAGCGUUCCGUGCCGAAAACGCACGCGAAAUCCAUGGAGAACCUGAAGGCGAAGAUUGAUACGAAGAAGGAGACGAUAGCCGAAUGCGAGCUGCAAGUUAAGGACGCUAAGCGGGACGCGAAACACGGCUCGGUGAAGGAAAAAGUAAUGUAUGAAAAGAAAAAGAAACAAUUGGAAAGAUUGAAGGACCAGUUGACGAAGCUGGAGGUCCAGGCGACCGACCGAGAAGAGAACAAGGAGAUCGCGCUGAGUACCUCCAAGUUGAACUAUCUCGAUCCCAGAAUUUCUGUCGCAUGGUGUAAGAAGCACAACGUUCCGAUCGAGAAGAUUUAUAACAAGACUCAGAGGGAUAAAUUUCGAUGGGCAAUAGACAUGGCAGGCCCCGACUACGUAUUUUAACCCCGCGGGUCACCAUCGUCAUUGUUGUCAUCAUCGUCACCGUCAACGCGUGUCGAUCCAUGAGUGGAGUAUGUCUCCCGCUGACGAUGUAUCUAGUGAAUUUUAUGUUCUAACGACGAAUCUUAAAGGAGAGGAGACUUAAAGUAAGGAAAAAAAAGAAGCGAGAAUGUUAAAAGGGGAAAAAAGGAAAAAAAAAGAACAGUGUGGAAAUAGUUAAACGGAAAAAUUUUUUACAUUUACGCGCGGUAUAAAUGUGAGAGUGUGGAAACAUAUUUUCUAUAGAAUGAUUAUACAUCGCAUGCGUAUUAAAUCAUGAUUGCGAUCGGUAUACAUAAAGUGAUGUUAAUUUAAAUAUCGUACGUGGACUCAACGAGCUUGCCUCGGGUCGGUCGGUUGCCCCGCGUGCGCUUCUGCCACCGGUAAAAUGCUUUCUAUAUGCCGCACCGCUGAUUUGUUCGCCUCUACGUGCCAGUUCGUGCAAGGCACUCGAACAUCGUGAUAAUCCGUAGAGGAUGAUUGACCGAGGGGAACCGUCGCAAAUUGCGGGUGGCUUUCAAGUGAGAGCGGGAAGGUAUUUUUUAUUUCGUUUAGGUAGAAAUUUAUUCUGAUUGGAUGUGAAGUAGGGUAAUUAGCAAACGAACUCGCGCAGACGGAAAUGGGGAGGCCGUUUAAAAUUUGCAACGGGUGCGGACGGAGUGCAGCGAAUAAUGUGAGAAACACGGGAUAGUAGCGAGCGCAGACUUCGGCACGCGAGAAGUUAAUAACCGCGCUAUUGUAUAUAUGUAGGACAUAUUCGUGCGAGUGAGACGCGAUAUAUCGAUAUAAAGAACGAAGGGAGAGGAGGAACUCUAGGAGGAAAAAGAAAGGAAGGGAAGGAAACCAACUAUUGAAACUGGCAGCUGAAGAAUUUUAUAUUUCCCUUAAACGAGCAUAACACGUAUAACACAUACACAUACACACAUACACUUGUUUCUCUCAUAAAUGUAUAAUAAUGUCAUUCAUGGAGUAUCACGUUUACAUUUUGCAGCAUCGUAUCGAGGAUAUUAUAUGUAUUCGUAGAGC